CCCCACGGAAUCUGCUCGUCUCGUCCUGCUCCCCACUAUAGUGAUACUAUACCAAUAACUACUCUUCGUCGUCGUGGCCCCGAUUCUCUCGUCUCCGAGUUUCCUCAUUAUUUGUUCAGUAUUAGCAAAUAUUAAAGUGGCAUAAAGUGGGGAAGGAGAGAUAAGAGAUCUAACUUUGUUUAGACGUGUCGUUACGUAAUUGAAGAAGACGCCCUUGAAAGAAUCAGCUAUGGAGAAGAGUGGGAGGCUAGAUCUUGAUAGUAGCGAGGUGAAUGGCACUGCCAACAAGGAGCCAGUCGUACAAGCCACGUACAAGAAAUUGCCAGAGGAAGACGCCAAUUGGCAAUCGAAAACGGACCAGGAAACUGACGGGAAGGUCCAGGACACCAAAAUGGUCAAACAAAAUGGAGCAGAACACGAGGUCGAUGACGAGGCCCAGGAACGCAUGCUCCAGGAUGAUGCAAAGCUCACACCCAAGAAAGAUGCCACCGAGGUGAAGUUCAUCUCUGAAAAUGGAGACGCGAAGAUCGACAUCGAAGCGGUUAAGCAAGUUUUGUCCGGAAUGGGAAAAGAAGAGUUGAUGAAGUUUGCAAAUGAUCCUUUCUGGAUUCGUUUGCGAUGGUUUCUCUUCAUUGCUUUUUGGUUCCUCUGGGCCUCAAUGCUGGCAGGAGCAAUUGCAAUUAUUGUCAUGGCUCCAAGAUGCAGUACUCCCGAACCUAGAAAAUGGUGGCAAGAAAGUCCUAUUGUCCAGUUGGAUGGAUCCGAGACUCCUAGUGGCAAUCUAAAAGGACUCGAGACGCUUCUCGAUACGAUAAAAGAACAGGGCAUCAAGACGAUUUCCCUCGCAUCCAUGGUCGAAUCAUCAAAAGAUGGUCAUCCGAUAAACUUCAGAGGUAUUAAAUCUAAUCUAGGCACAUUAACUGAUUUAGAGGCUUUUAUCAAAGCAGCGAACUCCAGAGGUCAACAUGUCGUUCUCGAACUUGAUCCAAAUCAUUCAUCUGUAGAACAUCCAUGGUUCAAAAGUUCAGUGAAUAGAGAGGGCAAUUUUACUAAUUACUACGUCUGGGCUGAUCCCAAGAUCGAAAAUGGCGAGAAAAGACCACCUAAUAAUUGGUUGAGUGUCUAUGGCGUUUCCGCUUGGGAGUUGAAUGAAGCAAGAGGACAAUACUAUCUUCACCAGUUUAACAAGACUCAGCCUGAAUUAAACUACAACAAUCAUGAAGUUGUUGAAGCAUUCGGGAACAUUCUCGAUCACUGGUUGCGAUUAGGCGUUGAAGGAUUUAGACUCGAGAAUAUUCGAUUCUUGACAGAGGAUCCGCAACUGCAAAAUGAAAUGAGCCAUUCCAAUGGUGCUCCUGGAUCGUACGAGUCUUUGAAUCAUGUUAGAACUAGAGAUCGUGUUGAGAAUGGAGUAAUAUUGAGAAAAUGGCGCAACAUCGUUCACAAUAUUACUAAAAGAGAAGGAUUAUUUGCACUGUGUGAUGAAAUCGGUGCUGAUAUGCUACAAGUAUACAACAACGACGAUAAAAAGGAGGGACCGCUGAUAGAUCUUUCUCAAAGUUCUCAGUUCUUAGCCAAUGCCGGUGCUGGAAUAUCGGCAGAAGCUCUGAAUAAGAGCGUGUCACAAAAUCUUUUAAUUAACGAAUGGCCAGCCUGGGAUCUCAACGGGAAGAGCCGUUCUUUGAGAGCUCGUGUUUCACCGCAAGUCGCUGAUAGUUUAACGCUAAUGACUUUACUUUUGUCAGGAACUCCGAUAGUUAGAUACAGCGAUGCUACUGCCGCUAAAGCGGCAUUUGCUGAAGUUACCAAAAAGCGCACUGCUCCUGCAUUUUUGUUUGGUGAUAUCAAAACGCAUAUCAUCAACAACACACAAGUUUUCGCUUACACGAGACACUGGUUGAAAAGCGGAAACCCUGGCUUUUUGGUGGCCUACAACAGUGGAAAUAAUUCCACCAUAGUCGACUUCACGUCGGUUCCCCACAUGGCGAAAGAAGUCACUGUGGUUGCUCACAGUCCAAAUUACGUCGUAGGUGGAUCAGAUACCACAAAAACAAAACUGAAUUCUGAAAAAGUUCCGAUGGCUCCUAAAAGCACUCUAGUCGUGUCUUUUGUACCAGGAUCAGGAAAUUAAAAAUAAAAAGCCAUAAAUAGACUAUGCGAAGCCUUAAAAAAGGCACAUAAAGAAUUUAUUGCGUCUAUCUUCGCUGUGAUAUUGUUGUGUCACAGUAUGUAUUGUGGAACUGUUCUCGUAUAUCAAGUUAUUAAAGAACAUUGCAAACAUUA